AAGCUCAGGUUGGAUGGGUCUUGGAGCAACCUGGGAUAGAGGAAGGUCCCUGCCCAUGGCAGACAGUUGGAACUGGGUGGUCUUUAGGGUCCACUCCAACCCAAACCAUGCUAUGAUUUUAUGAAUUUUCCUUUCAGAUUUUUUUCCUUUGAGGUUAUGCUACAGUUUGCUUUGUGUCCGGCUCCUCUUCUCAAUUAGUCUAGUUGGAUCUUUAGUGUUGAGAAACAUUGCAAAUCGUUGCUUUUUGCUGGUGCCAGCUGCCUGCACAUACCCAGCCCUGAAAAUGGGAAAAACAUAAUUCAUCCCUUCCCUUUAGUAGUAGAGGCUGCAAAUCUUUCUGGUCAAUGAAGGUCAGUGCUUUCAAGACACUAAGACUGCCUGUUCACAGGAAUAACUUGUGGUUGUGGAGUUUGUGCUUUUCAGGCAGAUGGACAUCACAGCAGAAGCUUAUCUACUGCGAGCAGAGCUCUCAUGGUCCCUCUUCUUGGAAAGAUGGAGAUUUAAAACGUGGCUGCCGUAUGGUCUGGUCAAGUCCCUGCUCAGAUAACAGAGAUACAGAGCCCUCUAAAAAUAUCUGUUUGACUGUAGUGUGGAUAUGGGCUAUGUGUGAAGCCAGCAUGGAUUUUAAAAGGUCUAACAGGUGCUAAUUAUUCAAAGAUAACUUACUUCUGUUUGUAAACCAGAUGGCUCGACAAAAAUGAGGACGAUGGUCAGAUUGUCCGAGAAUUAGUGCCUGCUGGGGAGUCACCAUUGCUAAAAAAUGUCAGUUAUCACAUCAGCGUGAAGACAGGAGAUAUCCCCGGUGCCAGCUCAGAUUCCAGGGUUUUCAUCAAACUCUACGGUGAAAAAGCAGACUCCAGCAAAGAGCCUCUCUUAGUCUCUGAUAAUGAUCUAGGCAAUUAUUUUGAACGUGGUCGAGUGGAUGAGUUUACUCUAGAUAUGAUGGAUAUUGGAAAGAUCAACCGAAUCCUGAUUGGGCACGAUAACGUGGGUCUGCGGUCCGGCUGGUUCCUGGCCAGUGUCCAGAUCACAGUUCCAGUCCAGGGAAGGCAGUACAUGUUCCCCUGCAACCGAUGGCUUGACAAGGAUGAGGCUGAUGGCAGGGUGGAGGUGGAGGUCUACCCAAGCGAGAUUUUGCCUAUUGAGAAAUUGAUAAACUAUGAGGUGUCUGUAGUUACUGGAGACGUGCGAGCCGCAGGCACCAACGCCAAAGUCUUCAUGCAGAUUUAUGGUGAGACUGGCAAAACGGAAUUGAUCAUCUUAGAAAACAGAUCCAACAACUUUGAAAGGGGAGCCACAGAUAUCUUCAAGAGAGAGGCUGCAGAUGUUGGCAAGAUUUAUAAGAUUCGGAUAGGCCACGACGGGACAGGCAUUGGGGAUGGCUGGUUCCUGGAAAGCGUCACGCUGAAGCGCCUGGCCACAAAAACAAAGGGGUCUGAUAAAAACAAUAAGAAGAAAAAGAAGUCUGAGGAGGGGGAAGAGGAGGAGACCAAGGAGGGAGAAGGAAUGGAUGUCUAUACGUUUGUGGCACAUCGCUGGCUGGCUAAGGACGAAGGGGAUAAGGAGCUCGUGGUGGAGCUGGUGCCUGAUGGAGAAUCUGACCUGGAGGAAAAUACGUAUGAAGUCCACGUCCUCACUGGGACUGUGUGGGGGGCUGGGACAGAUGCUAAUGUCUUCCUGAGCAUCUAUGGCAUGGAAAGAGGAGACACGGGUGAGCGCCAGCUGAAAAGGUCAAAUAACCUCAACAAGUUUGAGAAAGGACAGGUAGACGUGUUCACCAUCAAAGCCAUUGACCUGGGCGAGCUGAAGAAGCUGCGGAUCCGCCACGAUAACUCCGGCACUAGCCCCAGCUGGUUCCUGGAGAGGGUGGAGAUUAUUGACCUCAAAGAGAGCACCACGUAUUACUUUCCAUGCCAGCGGUGGUUGGCAGUCGAGGAAGAUGACGGUCAGAUUGCCAGGGAGCUGGUCCCAGUGGAUGAAGCAUUUGUAAAGAAAGAUUCAGAAAAUGAUGGCCAGUCUCCUGCAACUUUGGGCCUGGAACAGAAAGCUAAAUCCACGACAUACACAGUGAAAGUGAAAACGGGGGACAAGAAGAAUGCUGGGACAGAUGCCAACGUUUUCAUCACACUCUACGGAAGUAAAGACGAUACAGGGAUAGUCAGCCUAAAGGCCUCAAAGAUUAACAAGAACAAAUUUGAGCGUGGGAAGGUAGAUGAGUUUACAGUGGAGUCUGUGGACAUUGGAGACCUGAAAAAAAUCAAGAUAGGCCAUGACAAUAAAGGUAAUUCAACUGGCUGGUUUCUGGAAUGGGUGGAGAUUGAUGCCCCAUCCCUGGGACAGUGCCUCAAGUUUCCCUGUGGCCGCUGGCUGGAUAAAUCGGAGGAUGACGGAGCCGUCGAGAGAAUUAUCUUCCCUGCAGAUCUGCAGACAAUAGAGUACAUCCCAUUUGUUCCUUACGAGAUCACAGUGUACACCAGUGAUAUUUUUGGAGCUGGCACGGAUGCAGAUGUCUUCAUUGUUCUUUAUGGAAGUGAUGGGAUUUGCACUCAGCAAAAAUCCCUGUGCCUCAACAAGAGAGAGCAAAGGAUGUAUUUUGAAAGGAAUUCAGUGAAUCAGUUCAUCGUGGAGCUGGAGGACGUUGGUGACAUCAUUGAAAAGAUUCGCAUAGGGCACAAGGGUGGAGGGUUGAACUCAGGGUGGCACUUGGACCGUGUGACGAUCCGGAGGCUGCUGCCAAACGGGAAGGGCUCGGAAACUGUCACAUUUCCAUGUGAAAGAUGGCUUGCAAAGUCUGAAGAUGAUGGCGAGACUGUCAGAGAACUGGUGCCAUCUGAUAUUUUUACUGAAAAGCUCAUGAAGGAUGGGACACUCAAGCAGAUAGAGGAAGAAGUUGAAGACCCUUUAGAAGUUCACACGUACAAGAUCAGUGUGUUCACUGGGGAUAUCUAUGGUGCUGGGACAGAUGCUAAUGUCUUCCUAAAUAUCUACGGAGACAUGGGGGACAUGGGAGAAAGAAAACUCAGCAAAUCCGAAACAAACUUCAACAAGUUUGAAAGAGGACAGGAGGACACGUUCACAAUACAGGCUGUGGACCUUGGCAUUUUAUACAAGAUCAAGAUUCGCCAUGACAAUAGCAUGUUCAGUCCUGACUGGUUUCUGGAAAAAGUGGAGAUCCUGGAUGAAACCACAGAGGAGUCAUUCGUUUUCCUGUGCGAGCGCUGGCUCUCUAAAAAGAAAGAGGACAAAAAGAUAGAGCGGACACUUUAUGAACAGAGCUACGACGGCGAGCGGAACAGCCUGGAUGACUCCUCUCUCAGCGUGUCCAGCCAGGACAGCAGUGCCAACCUGAAGGAGCCCAAAAAAUCCAGCCUGGUCAAGGCAGCAGAGGAAGGCUCACUGAUCCCGUACCACAUCACCGUCACGACGGGCACCGAGUACGACUCCAGCACCGACAGCCGCGUGUUCAUCAUCAUCAUGGGCCCGCAGAAGGUGCAGACAGAGAGGCUGUGGCUGGACCUCCCGGAGGGAAAGGAUGAAUUUGCAGAUGGCUCUGUGGAGAAAUUCUCGGUUUGGGGCCUAGAUGUUGGGGAGAUCAAGAAAGUGGAGGUGGGGCACGAUGGCGCUACCCCUGAGAGCUGCUGGCUGAUGGAAGAGCUCACCAUCGUCGUGCCCACCAAAGGCGUCAUGUACAACUUUGUCUGCAAGUGCUGGCUGGCCAGAGACAAAGGGGACGGGCUCACUUCACGAAUCCUCAACAUCCUGGAUGCAGAGUGUGUUAACAUUGGCAUCAAGAUCCUGUACGAAGUCACGGUUGUGACUGGAGACAUCGAAAGCGGCGGUACCGAUGCCAAUAUUUUCAUGACUGUCUUCGGAUCCAAUGGGAACACUGAGGAGAUGCUCCUGGAAAAAAAUGGAGACAGGUUUGAGCGGGGCCAGGAGGACAGUUUCAUUAUGGAGAUUGCUGACAUCGCACCCCUCAGGAAGAUGAGGAUCCGGACGGACGGGAAGGGGACGCGCCCGCACUGGUUCAUGGAAAGGAUCACCCUGAGGAACCUUACUAAUCAAGAAGUGGCCACAUUUACCUAUGGGGAUUGGCUGUCCAAGCUGAAAAAUGCCACAGGAAGCCUGGUAUGUGAGAUGCCAGCUGUCAUAAACGACGAGCAGAUGAUGGAGGACACCACAUACACUCUUCAGGUUAAAACCAGUGACAUUGGAGGAGCAGGCACCGACGCCAACGUGUCCUUGAUCCUGUUUGGGGAGUAUGGGGACAGUGGCACCCUGCCUCUGAAGGAGUCCAACAAGUCUAACAAGUUUGAGAGGAACCAGAUGGAUGAAUUCAGCUUCUCUGAAAUGCUGAGCCUGGGAGACCUCUGCAAAGUGCGGAUCUGGCAUGACAACAAAGGAAUUGCCCCAGGCUGGCACCUGGAAUACAUUGAUGUGAUGGACUCUGCCAUGGACAAGACAUUUCGUUUCCAGUGUGAUCGCUGGCUGGCUAAAGGGGAGGAUGAUGGGCAGCUCAUCAGGGAGCUGGCCUGUGCCAACAACGACAUCCUGGAACUGAAGGAACGGACUGCCUAUGAGAUUGAGACAGUAACCAGCGACAGAGAGGAUGCAGAUACGAAGGAAAACAUCUGGAUCAUCCUGGAAGGGAAAAUGGGCCGCUCAAAAGAAUUCCUUAUGGAAAACUCUUCCAAGAAAAGGAGAUUUGAAAGGGGAGCAACUGACACAUUCCAGUUUUCUUCAAAGAACGUUGGUGAUAUUGCAGCCAUCUGUGUUGGUCACUGUCCAAAAGAUGGGAAGAAGUCAUCUGCAAAAGCUGAUGUCUUCUGGCAUGUCCAGGAGAUUAUUGUGACAGAGAUGGAGCUUUGCAACAAGUACUACUUCAGGUGCAACGCGAAAAUCCCUCUGCGCUACAAGCGGCGAGACUACAAAGUCUUCGAGUGUGCCAAGGUCACCGAGAGCUUCGCCAGCAAGGCCCGGAGCUUGGUGCCAGUCAAAUACGAGACCAUCGUGGUGACAGGCUUCGAGAAGGGCGCGGGCACCGACGCCAACGUCUUCAUCACCAUCUACGGCCUGAACGGGGACUCGGGGAGGCGGGCACUGAAGCAGAAGUUCAGGAACCUCUUCGAGCGAGGCAAAACCAACAGGUUUUACCUGGAAACGCUGGACAUGGGGGAGCUGAAGAAGGUGCGGAUUGAGCACGACAACAGCGGGCUGGCUCCGGGCUGGCUGGUGGAGCGGGUGGAGAUCACCAACUCGGCCACUGGUGUCACCACCAUAUUUCCCUGUGGGAAGUGGCUGGAUGAGAAUAGAGGGGAUGGGUUAAUCUGUAGGGACCUUUUUCCUAGGUACUGAGGAGGGUUGUGGUCCCUUCAGUAUGCAUAUUUUUUUCUCAUUAUACUGUUUUAUAUUGCCGUUUACUUUUUAAUACACUGCCUUUUGUAUUGAGAGAUUUUUAGUAGCAAGACAUUCUUCCUGGGCUAACAUUUUGUAAAAGCAAUGUUGCUUUUUUUUUAAGGUGCACAUAAAACUGUUAAUUAAAUAAAUACAUUUAUUGCUUACUUAUGAUUAAAAGCUACAACCAGCAGAGAUAGAAACUGUCCUUUACCCACUCAAAUGUUCUGCUUUCAGUGCUAUGCCUUGACAUGGCUGAGAAAAUCCACUGAUCUACUCCACUGAUAGGCUCCACUUUUAGAUAAGCAUACAGGUUAAGAGAAUUGAGACACUUUUAUUUAUGAAAAUUGAGCUUGGAGAUCCCAGUUUUUUCCCACUUCUGGCCAUACACACAUAUGGACAUCUCCAGAGGACACCACAUCAAAAAACAGCAGGCACAGUAGGACAUUCCAUGGGGAGUUUGGGGAGCGUCUGCAUCCACCCAGCCAGGUCUCAAGCAGUGGGAUCUGUGUGAUGUUUUCCACCCUGUGAGUUUUUUUCACCCCCCAGGGCAGACUUUGGUCCCUGGCUGAAUUCCUACAACUCUGCCAAGAGCUGAGAUCUAUGGUUACAGCUGCCAGUGCAAAAGACCUUCCAGAUAAUCAAUUCCACAGCAAGGAAGCUGUGCUAACUAUAUUCAAAGCUGACUCAGGGUAAUCAUACCCUACAUGGCCUGAAUACCAGCUCCGUUUCAGAGCAACUGCCAUUCAUUUUAACAUUUUUCCCCUUUAAUAAGGAUUGCUGUUUUGUCUUUUUCUGUGGCUGAGAAGGGAUUUCCCGGAGGCAGUAAGGACCAGUGCUCCUGUCAAUGAGCUCUUCCCAGGCACUCACAUCUCUACAGGUACCAACAAGAAAAUCUGUUCAUAAAUCAUUGCUUCUGCAGCCCUGUCUCUCUCUCUAGGGUGCAAAACAGCAGGACCCCCCCCCCCCCCUUAGGAGGAAAAAGGGGGAAAAAUCCAUCCUUGGGAGGAAAAAGGAAAAACAUGAUGGCCUUCCUCCUGGCCCACCCUGGAGAGGACAUUCCCUCUCCCAGAAGCUGGUUUUAAACAAGAGCUUUGCAUGAAUUGGGAUCAAAGGGGUCAAGAGUGGGCUCAACCCACUAAGCCCACCAGUUCCUGGGUUGAGGAUGAUGCUUCUGCUGGGACCUUGCCAGGCCAUGAGGCAGAACUGUCCCACUGCUCAGUCCCUCACUGCUCAUGGACAAAGGAGGCCCAGCAAAUCUUGGUGAUGCUGAGACAGGAGUUAGAAGCAUCUUGGAAAUGCUGUCGAUUGCUCAGAGGUAUUUGAAAGCUGUUAACCCACUAAAGCCCUUCCAGAGAAGUUCUGGAUUUCUGUUUCCCACAUCAGGCACCACCAAAGAGACUUGACCUUAUAUCAUGGCUGUCUGUGCCAGCUCACAAAUAAUAGCCCAGACUAAUUCAUUUUAGAAACCUUUAUGGUAACUGAUGGUUCUGGAGCAGAGCAAGUUGCUUAAAUGAGCCCAGUAAUCAACCUCAUCAGGGAUCAGCUACUGACUGAGAGGAAUAAUAAUAGCAACUUUUGCUGGCUGUGUUCUCCCUCCUCAUGGCAGACUGGUGCUGCCCAGCCCUUAGCAAGGAGCUGGGAGCUCACAGGAGGAGCAGAACAGCCCUUAGGAGGGCUGGAGGUGAUUGCUAGGGUCUGAUUGCAUCCCUGGGAUCCUGCUGGGAUAGAGUUCAGACUCCCUGGAUACCCAGGGGGUCCCAUGAGUGGAGUCUGGUGCAUCUGGGUUUGCUGUUCUUGUGCAGUGUCAUUGCAGCUCCCCAGUAGGUGUUUGAAGCAAAAUAAGGGUCAGGCUUUUGAUCUCCCUGCAUUCCCUCCCACCCAAGUUUAACCAGCAAUGUGGAGGAAAAAAAAAAAACUCUCCUGUCAAGAGGUUUGGCCCCUUUUCAGACAAAUGUGUGCUGCUGUGAAAUAGAAGUUUGUCCCUGUACAGUGCUGCACUACCAGCAUUUCCAGCUGGCUUCAGUCACCCCCAACUUGGUACAGGGUGGGGGAAAGCUGGUUUUAGAGCAUCAAUUUAACCCCUGCCAUCCCCUGGGAAAACCCACUGCACUGGCACUUGCUUCCAUGGCCAGGUUGGACAGGGUUGGGAGCAACCUGUUCUAGUGGAAGGUGUCCCUGCCCAUGGCAGGAGGGGGGAACAGAAUUUCUGAGGUCCCUUCCAGCCCAAACCAUUCUGUGAUCCCAUGAUGAUUCUAUGAUUCCAUGAUUCUUCUGUGAUUCCAGCCCUGGGGAGCAGUGAGGCAGAUCCUGACCCACACACCAUCCCUUCCUGGGACAAGGAGGAAGGAUAAAUCCUUACCUUACAUGUGAAAUGUGCUCACAUCGGGGAAUAAUCACAGAGCUUCCUGUAACAAGAGCUUCGUGUGGUGUGAACACGGUUCACCUCUUAUGCAGUUUUGAUGGAUGCUGGAGGAGCCGGCAAUUCCCUUCAGCUACAGGAACCAAAUCUCUGUGAUCAGCAGCCACUUGUCUCCAAGGCUUAUUUAGUCUAAUCACACAGUCAAAGCUGGGCACUGGUCUCAGCUUUUCAGGAGGAGCAGCUGAAUCAAGAAUGGGUAGGAGCAGAGACUGGCACCAUUUGUUGUAGGAGACAAUAAAAGCACGGAAGGACGUACAGAAUGGAUUUUGCAGGAUGCAAAAUUGGGUGUAUGACCCACUGGAGUAGCAAAAAGGACUGAAAAUACCCUAAAAUGUACCUGUAUUGGUUUGAAGGGUUUGGGAUAUUUUUUUUUUCUUCCAGUCAGUUUCCCCUUCCUUAGUUAUUAAACUAGAGACACAGGCAGAAGGAAGUCCUCCACCAAGAGGGUAGAGAACCUGCUGAUACCUCUGGAGGACUUGCUAGAGAUACCUUACAGGCACCGUGUGAUGUGUUUAGAGGAGAAAUCUCCCUUUAAUAGGCAAUUUUCUGAAAUUCUAGAAAGCAGUUUGGUACCUGAUGGCCAAACUGGUGCCACAGGGCAUCACACAGAGCAACGUGCCCAGCGUGGAGAGCCUCACCUCAGCUCUGCCACGGGUCUCAGCCACCAGCAGCCUCUGCAACCCAGAUGGGCAGAGCAUUUUAUACCCCAGCAGUGGCUCUCCUGCACAUCAAAGACACAAGCAGUGGAAGGAGAAUUGAUUCCAACCCAAAGACACCAGAAAGGAGCAUAAUGAAGCAUCAUAAAUAAAGACCAAGCAAUUACCCUGCCAGGUGGCUUCUGCGUGGCACAGGUUUAUAG